GCGUGCUCCAGACACUGGAGAGGGAUUUUCAAAUAAGUAGUAAUCGGUAUUUACUGGUGAUACUACCGUCCAUACAUCCAGAAAAGGUCUUAUCGUUUCAACCUGAGUGUCCAGUAUUGUUCAGGAUGAGUUCUAUGGAUGCCAAAGAGAACUCUGCGGUCAUCCCAGCAGGAAAGCACAGCAGCUUGUCUGAGGACAUAUUUUCUCUGGAUCAGCCCACAGGGAGGUCGUCCAUCCUGCGUCAGAUGGAGAACCUUCCCAGUAAGACCGUGCCAAGGGACUCCAAGGUUUCUUUUCAGACCCCCAGUAGAGAUCCAGUGACUAGAAGGAUUCUUUCCCCCAGAACCUCCGUCGUUAUGCCCAGAGUGGACGAGAACAUGAAAGUGAUCGGCUCUUUUAAUUUGGAGAAAUCGGACGCCUCACCACAUGAACCAACUGAACCUCCAAAACAAGAUCCGUCAUCGUUCCCCGACGACAACAUGCCGAUUCAGAGCAGAGGCAACUACCAGCUGGAUUUUGAUAACCUGGACGUCAUCAACCCCUUCCAGGGCUCCAAACAGAUGGCGCUGUCUCCCUUCAGGCCUGCCGAUGAUCCCAGUGAGGCCCGGCAGAAGCCCACAGAGGAACCGGGAGCCGAAACCCCGCUGGACGACACGCUGCCCUUCACGCAGUUUGUGGAAAACUCGCUGGCAGACGUCUCCACGGAGAGCAGCGUGAUCAUAGUGAAUGUGGCGAAGGCGACGGAAGAACAGGACGUCAUCUCAGCUACUCCUGAUGAAAAGCAACCUGGUGACGUGUCUGCAAGCACAGGUCAACAGGAAGCAUCGGGCAGUUUCACCGAGGACGGCUCUCUUCCAGCAAAGGGAUCCUACAAGCUGGAUUUUGACAACCUUGACACAAUGAACCCUUUCCAGACCGGAGGCUCUAAAAUCCAGAACUCGCCUGUUGGACUUGGAAGAAAGGACGAUCCACCAGCAGAGGAAAGCAAACCCACUGAUGAGGAGAAAAUCCUUCCUCCAGAGGGGCCAAUCAAACUCGAGUUCAACUUCAGCGACGGCGCUGAAGUCAAGCGGAAGCCACUGCCUAAAAAGCUCGGCAAGAGAUUCACCGACGGAAAAUGUAAAGAAUUAAAGCCAGCGUCUGAUUGUAAACCAUCCGAAGAGUCCGCUGGGAAAGCCGGACCUGGAGACGCUGCUGUGCCCAAAGCUUCUUACUCCAACUUUGAGAAGUUCGAUGAUCCGAACUUCAAUCCAUUCGGUACCAAAACGAGCAUCGCCGACUCUCCGAAGGGCAGCGGCGUUCCCAGCCCCGUGCAACAGGAACCGGACCCCUCAGAACAAACAGGGGCUGCAGAGAUGUUGCCUCCUGCUGAGCCUCGCGAAGCUUCGAUGGUGGAUCGCGUGGUUCUGUCAGAGAAAGACCUGGACGGUGAAAGCAGCAGCUGGAAGCCCCAGGUUCCCUUCGAGCAUCAGAUGAGCCCUCUGGACUCCAAUGAAGAGUUUGUUCCUGGAAGCAUGUUCAUGCCCAACGACUUUGAUGAGCAGAUUGAUUACCUCGAACAGUUUGGCUCCAGCGGUUUUAAGGAGUCCGCACUGAGGAAGCAGUCAUUAUACCUAAAGUUUGAUCCCCUUCUGAGAGAAAGCCCAAAGAAACCUGCAGGUCCUGAUGCUCAGCUGCUCUCUGCUGGCCUUUCUGUACGGUUCAGUGAAGCAGAGAAGGAGUCAGCCGAACGCUCACAGAAAGAUGUUUUCAAACUGGUGGAGGACGUAGCGGCUGCCCCUCCAGUCCUGCAGAGUCUCAUCCCUCCGUUCCCCAAACCUGCAGAGGAAGCCAUUAUUGAGGUUCUGAAGUACAGCCAGAAGGACAUGGAUGCCGCCAUUGCGAGGGUGCAGGCAGAGGCCAAGGAGAAAGCGGAUCAGUGGAACGCCAAGGUUAAAAAGCUGCAAGACGAUGGUCAGGAAAUGAGAAAAGUAAUGGCAGAGUUCGAGCUGCUGAUUGCAAAUAUGAAUGCCAGUCAGGAGAAGGAGAGGGAGGAGGCGCAGAAGAAGCUCAGCCAGGCUCUGAUGGAGAAGGAUCAGGUCUCCAGCGACCUGAACGGCAUGGAGCGGUCGCUGGGCGACAUGUUAAAGAGGCUGGAGAAGUACAAAGAAGUGGUGGACGGCUACAAAAAGAAUGAAGAGACUCUGAAAUCCUGCGCACAGGAUUACUUGGGAAGGAUAAAAAAGGGCGACCAGCGCUACCAGACACUGAAGGCUCACGCCGAGGAGAAGAUCAACCUCGCAAAUGAGGAAAUUGCUGAGGUCCGAUCGAAAUAUAAGGCAGAGCUUACGGCUCUGCAGGCCCAGCUGCGGCGGGAGCAGCUGAAGACUCAGUCGCUGGAGAAAAGCCUUGAUCAGAAGGAAAAAGAAGUGGAGGAGCUCACCAAGCUCUGCGACGAGCUAAUAUCCAAAGUGCAGAAAGGUUGAACUCAACUGUAAAUACUUUUUGUUUCUGCUUCACUUUUCUUUGUUCUGUUUUGUUUUAAUAGACUGUAUAAUAAAGAGAAUUUACAAAUUUCAA